GAGGAUGUGACCGCACGGCCAGGAAGCGUCCCUGAGGUACACACACAGCCAGGCCUCGCCCGCUGUGCCCCGCGGCCGCGGGGGGACCGGGCCGGGGCCCAGGUCACUGACACCAUGACCAGCGCUGCCUGCAGGACGGAGCCGGAACCAGCCUCUGACCACCACGGAGACCGCGCGAGCCCGCCAGCCUGGGGUCCGGCCCGCCCAGCGGAGGAGCCGUGGAGCCGGGGGUGGCACCGUGCCCGGCUCGCCCGAGGAGGCCCCGGUCGGACCAUGGCAGGCGCCUGCGACAGGCCCCCCAACUUCCUCUCCCCUUCCGGAAGCCAGGCCCUGGCGCCUGCGCUGGGCAGCGCGGUCACUCUGAACUGCACGGCCUGGGUGGUCCCCGCGCCCCUCUGCCCGCUGCUCCCGGUCCAGUGGCUGAAAGACGGGCUGCCGCUGGGCAAUGGCAGCCACUACGAGCUCCGUGAGGACUCCUGGGUCCAGGCCAACCGGUCAGAGGUGCUUGUGUCCAGUGUCCUGGGGGUCAACCUGACCAGUGCUGAGGACUACGGGGCCUUCACCUGCGCCAUCCAGAAUGUCAGCUCCGCUUCCUUCACUCUCUGGAGGGCUGCCCCCGCAGGCCACUUGGCCGCUGUGCUGGCCGCCCUGCUGGUCCUGCUGGCCCUGCUGCUGGCUGCCCUGCUCUACCUGAAGUGCCGCCUGGACGUGCAGCUCUGGUACCAGAACGCCUACGGGGAGGUGGAGGUGAACGACGGGAAGCUGUACGACGCCUACGUCUCCUACAGCGACAGCCCCGACGACCGCAAGUUCGUGAACUUCAUCCUGAAGCCGCAGCUGGAGCGCUGUCGGGGCUACAAGCUCUUCCUGGACGACCGUGACCUCCUGCCGCGGGCAGAGCCCUCGGCCGACCUCCUGGUGAACCUGAGCCGCUGCCGGCGCCUCAUCGUGGUGCUGUCAGACGCCUUCCUGGGGCGGCCCUGGUGCAGCCACAGCUUCCGGGAGGGCCUGUGCCGGCUGCUGGAGCUCACGCGCAGGCCCAUCUUCAUCACCUUCGACGGCCCGCGGCGCGACCCCGCGCACCCCGCGCUGCACCUGCUGCACCAGCACCGCCACCUGGUGACCCUGCUGCGCUGGCGGCCCGGCUCCGUGACGCCGUCCUCGGACUUUUGGAAGGAGCUGCAGCUGGCGCUGCCGCGAAAGGUGCAGUACCGGGCGAUGGAGGGGGACCCCCAGACGCGGCUGCAGGAUGACAAGGACCCCAUGCUCAUCGUGCGGGGCCACGUCCCCGAGGGCCAGACCCUGGACCCCGAGCUGGACCCCGACCCCGAGGGGGACCUGGGUGUCCGCGGGCCUGUCUUUGGGGAGCCGUCGGCGCCGCCGCAGCCCAGCCAGGCCUCGCUGGGAGAGGCCCGGGGCAGCGAGGUGGACGUCUCGGACCUCGGCUCCCGGAACUACGGCGCCCGCACAGACUUCUACUGCCUGGUGUCCGAGGAGGACGUGUAGUCCCCCCCGGCCAGAGUCCGACCUGGAGCCCGCCCCUCGCGGCCUGGGACCCCGGGGCGGGGGGCCCGGGCCUCCUCCUGCCAGAAAAUAAAGUCCUUCGGACCCU